UGUUUAAAACGUUUCUCCCUACUGAACACGACCCAGCUCUGAAUUCUGCCAGAGCUCAAUAAAACCCACUACUCACCGAGGUGAAGAAAGAGUUAAUGAAAGAUGCAAGAACAGCAGGAGUAGGGACCGUUCUGUCUCUGAGCAUGUGCUGCUGUCCUGGCUAAUACUGCAGUGAAGGAAAAUGUGUCAAUUUUCAUUGGACAGUAGUCCCCUCCGGAAUGGUGAAUGAGCCUGUAACUGACAGUCAGACGAUGUCCUGUUUGCGGAUGGUGAUUCUUCACAUUGACCGUUGGUCCUGAGGUGCAUUUCCGUGGAAUCUACAACCGUGGGCGACAAUCUCCCGACCUACGCAUCUCCUCGACUAGAUAAAGAGCGAGGGGAGGUCACCAUGGUGUAACGGGUGUCGUUGAACUAGACCUACAGUAUGGCACGCCAAACCAACCAUUAGACCAAGAGAAAAUCCUUGUGGUCUGAGGGCGACUUUUCGGGUCCGUCUCUCAGGCAGGACUGCCUUAUCACGAGGGCGCAAUUCCAAAUCGCGCCCACCGCAAUGGCAACCCCGGCACCCCCACCAGUGCCUCUGACGGUCCUGUCUCGCUGGUACCUGUACGCCAUCCACGGCUACUUCUGCGAGGUCAUGUUCACCGCCGCCUGGGAGUUCGUGGUCAACCGCAACUGGAAGUUUCCUGGUGUGACCAGUGUAUGGGCUCUGCUAAUCUACGGGACCUGCAUCCUCAUCGUGGAGCACAUGUACCUGGCCCUCCGAGCUCUCCGUUGCCCCGUGCUGCUGCGAUGCCUCAUCUAUACCCUAUGGACGUAUAUCUGGGAGUUCGGUACAGGGCUGUUGUUGACCCAGUUCGACGCCUGUCCCUGGGAUUAUUCCCAUUUUCAGUAUAACUUUAUGGGGUUGAUCACAGCGGAGUACGCCCUGCCCUGGUUUUGUGCAUCUUUCAUGACGGAGCGACUGGUUAUACGCAACACGCUGCGGUUACGGAUGGACAGGGACAGGGUGGAAGGGGACCAGUCGGAUGCAGGCGGGGGAGGAGGAACGAACGUGUGGGGCGAACAAAGAGGAGCCAACUGCUAUCUUAAAUUGGACUGAUCAAAGAACAAGGGCAUUUCCUCAUUUGGGGAAAGUCCGUCCUCCACCCUCGCACCUCUGCCCUCUCUCUUCUGUGACCUGGAAAUAUAAGUGGUCUCGUGGUCGAGGAGUGUGUCAACUUGUUAGUAGAAAAAUGGUAGCCUCCUUUUGGCAAGGAAGCACAAGUGUAUCAUACCUGAGUCCUUUGAGGAAGAGUUUUGAAAUCUCCCAUACCCGCUUUGAAUCAGCCAUUUUUUUCUCAAAGGAGAAAAUCAUGCAAACGUUUAAAAACGAUAUGCUUACUUAUCCUUUUAUCUACAACAUGUCUUGCACGACUGGCUACAGUUGUUUUGAUCACUUUAUACAUUUAUUUGGGGAUUCCACCCUUUAAAAGUCAUUUGCUUGAUGACUCAUGAUUGGAGAAGGAGAGUCUCAUUUCAUACGAGCGCAUUUUCAUCCACAUUCCCUCUCCUCGCCACCUCUCCACGAUUACCUUGAACCUUUUUCAAAAGGAGUCCAGAGAGGCUGGAGGAGGGAGGACACAGGAGUUGAGCAAAUCCAAUUGAGGAAAGGUCAAUCUGAAUCACUCUGGAAUCCCACUCAAGCACUAAAACAUUGUAUGGAAAUGUAUAAUAAUUUUUUUUUUUUUAACGAAAUACAUAAGUACUGUAUUUCUGUAUAGCUUCAAAAGCAAUCUGAAUAAGGUGCUAUAUGCAAUAUGUUCAUAAUUGAUUGUCAUGGAGAAUGAUUUUCUACAGUUAGUGAUAACCCACAAUAUUUGGAAAUGCAUGAGGGAGGUGUCUUGGUUCUGUAUGCAACUGCAGUCUGUUUACUCAUAAGCUAUUUGCCUAUAGAGAAAUGAGGUCUCAGGUAACUUACUCAACAAAUUGUGUGCUAUUUCUACUGCAUAUCUGUUCGAAUCAGGAUUUCUGAUUUCAGGAUCUCUGAUUUUCACGUGAUGUGAUCAUUCACUAUUAGCCACGGACGUUGUCACCACACUGAAAGAGCUGCUGCUGCCUUGUGGACUCGACAUGAUACUGCAUCUGAAAGCUUCAUCUGAAGUCUCAAAAAUAGGACUACAGGAGCUGUAUUCCUCCCAGAUAUCUCUUUGGUUUGUCCCUAUUAAUGGCCCUUGCUUUAUGGCCUCUGGCACUGUUUUGAUGAUGCAGAAUAAUGUGGAUCUCAAACCACCGAGUGGAUUCAAAAGCGAUACAUUAAAGGCCCAAUGCAGCCGUUUUUUAAAAUCUCAAUAUCAAAUCAUUUCUGUGUAACAAUUAAGUGCCCUACUGUGAUCGCAUUCAAUUAAAAUGGUCCAAGAAAAUCAAAACAAGCUUCUUAGUAAAGGAGUAAAAGGGUCAAUUUCUCAAGCAAGAAUUUAGAUAGGACUGUAUGGGAGUGGUCUGAGUGGGGAGGGGGAAACUGAAAACGAGCUGUUAUUGGCAGAGAUUUGCAACUCUCUUUCUUAUUGGUUUAUUAACUCAUUUACCGCCUAGUGAUGUCACGAUGGAGGGCCAGAACUCUCUACGGUGAGUGUUCAAAACAGGAACACCUUCCUAAUAUUGAGUUGCACCCCCUUUCCCCCCCAGAACAGCCUCAAUUAUUUGAGGUGUGGACUCUACAAGGUGUCGAAAGCGAUGAAAAGGGAUGUUGACUCCAAAGCUUCCCACAGUUGUGUUAAGUUGGCUGGAUGCUCUUUGGGUGGCGGACCGUUCUUGAUACACACGGGAAAAUGUUCAGCGUGAAAAACCCCAGCAGCGUUGCAGUUCUUGACUCAACCCGGUGCGUCUGGCACCUACUGUACUACCAUACCCCGUUCAAAGGCAGUUCAAUCUUUUGCCUUGCCCAUUCACCCUCUGAAUGGCACUCAUACACAAUCCACGUCUCAAGGCUUAAAAAUCCCUCUUUAACCUGUCUCCUCCCCUUCAUCGACACUGAUAGAAGUGGAUUUAACAAGUGACGUAGCAGGGAUCAUAGCCUUCACCUGGAUUCCCCUGGUCAGUCAAUCUCAUGUUCCCUAUGUUUUCUACGAUCAAUGGAAUGUUUGUUUCCUGUAUAUUUGAUUGUGAUAUGUGGUUGUCUCAUGAAGCUAUCUUAAGAUGAAUGCACUUGGUGUAAGUCCAUCUGCUAAAUGACUAAAAUGUCAAAUGUAAAUGUUUUACACACAGAUCUCUUAUUACUGUAUAGAAUCAUUUUCAACAACGUUUGUUUAAAUACACUGCAUUCGGAAAGUGUUCAGACCCCUUGACUUUUUCCACAUUUUGUUACAUCACGGCCUUGUUUUAAAAUUGAUGAAGGAGAUUUUUUCCCCUCAUCAAUCUACAUACACUACCCCAUAAUGACAACGCAAAUACAGGUUGUUAGAAUUUUUUGCUAAUUUAUACAACAAAAACAACUGAAAUAUCACAUUUACAUAAGUGUUCAGUCCUUUUACUUAGUACUUUGUUGAAGCACCUAUGGCAGCGAUUAGAGCAUUGAGUCUCCUUAGGUAUGACGCUACAAGCUUGGCACACCUGUAUUUGGGGAGUUUCUCCCGUUCUUCUCUGCAGAUCCUCUCAAGCUCUGUCAGGUUGGAUGGGGAGCGUUGCUGCAUAGCUACAGUUGAAGUCAGAAAUGUACAUACACUUACAUUGGAGUCAAUAAAACUCGUUUUUCCAAACUGUAGUUUUGGCAAGUCGGUUAGGACAUCUACUUUGUGUAUGACACAAGUCAUUUUUCCAACAACAGAUUAUUUAACUUAUAAUUCACUGUAUCACAAUUCCAGUGGGUCAGAAGUUUACAUACACUAAGUUGACUGUGCCUUUUAAACAGCUCGGAAAAUUCCAGAAAAUGAUGUCAUGGCUGUAGAAUAUUUUGAUAGGCUAAUUGACAUCAUUUGAGUCAAUUGGAGGAGUACCCGUGGAUGUAUUUCAAGGUCUACCUUCAAACUUCGCUUGACAUCAUGGGAAAAUCAAAAGAAAUCAGCCAAGACCUCAGAAAAUAAAUUUCCAAAAGCCUGAAGGUACCACGUUCAUCUGUACAAACAAUAGUAUGCACGUGUAAACACCAUGGGACCACGCAGCCGUCAUACCGCUCAGGAAGGAGACGCGUCUCCUAGAGAUGAAAGUACUUUGGUGUGAAAAGUGCAAAUCAAUCCCAGAACAACAGCAAAGGACCUUGUGAAGAUGGAAACAGGUACAAAAGUAUCAAUAUCCACAGUAAAAUGAGUCCUAUAGAGACAUAACCUGAAAGGCCUCUCAGCAAGGAAGAAGCCACUGGUCAAAAACCACAAUAAAAAAAGCCAGACUACAGUUUGCAACUGUCCUCUGGUCUGAUAAAACAAAAAUAGAACUGUUUGGCCAUGAUGACCAUUGUUAUGUUUGGAGGAAAAAGGGGGAGGCUUGCAAGCCGAAGAACACCAUCCCAACUGUUAAGCACUGGGGUGGCAGCAUCAUGUUGUGGGGGUGCUUUGCUGCAGGAGAAACUGAUGCACUUCACAAAAUAGAUGGCUUCAUGAGAAAGGGAAAUUAUGUGGAUAUAUUGAAGCAACAUCUCAAGACAUCAGUUGUUCAAGCUUGGUCGCAAAUGGGUCUUCCAAAUGGACAAUGACCCCAAGCAUACUUCCAAAGUUGUGGCAAAAUGGCUUAAGGACAACAAAGUCAAGGUAUUGGAGUGGCCAUCACAAAGCCCUGACCUCAAUCAUAUAGAAAAUUUGUGGGCAGAACUGAAAAAGCAUGUGCGAGCAAGGUCUACAAACCUGACUCAGUUACACCAGCUCUCUCAGGAGGAAUGGGCCAAAAUUCACCCAACUUAUUGUGGGAAGCUUGUGGAAGUCUACCCGAAACAUUUGACCCAAGUUAAACAAAUUAAAGGCACUGCUUCCAAAUACUAAUUGAGUGUAUGUAAACUUGUGACCCACUGGGAAUGUGAUGAAUUGAAUAAAAGCUGAAAUAAAUCAUUCUCUCUACUAUUAUUCUGACAUUUCACAUUCUUAAAAUAAAGUGGUGAUCUUAACUGACCUAAGACACUGUGAAUUGUGAAAAAUGUAUUUGGCAAAGGUAUAUGUAAACUUCCGACUUCGACUGUAUUCAGGUAUCUCAGGAGAUGUUCGAUCGGGUUCAAGUCCGGGCUCUGGCUGGGCCACUCAAAGACAUUCAGUGACUUGUCCCGAAGAUACUCCUGCAUUGUCUUGGCUGUGUGCUUAGGGUCAUUGUCUUUUUGGAAGGUGAACUUUCGCCUGAGUCUGAGGUCCUGAGCACUGGAGCAGGUUUUUGUCAAGGAUCUCUCUGCAAUUUGCUCAGCUCAUCUUUGCCUUGAUCCUGACUAGUCUCCCAGUCCCAGCCGCUGAACAACAUCCCCACAGCAUGAUGCUGCCACCACCAUGCUUCACAGUAGGGUUGGUGCCAGGUUUCCGCCAGACGUGAUGCUUGGCAAUCAGGCCAAUGAGUUCAAUCUUAGUUUCAUCAGACCAGAGAGUGGCGCAGCGGUUUAAGGCACUGCAUCACAGUGCUAGAGGCGUCACUACUGACCCUGGUUCGAUCCUGGGCUGUGAUUGGGAGUCCCAUGGAGCGGUGCACAAUUCGCCCAGCGUCCAAUCAAGUUGUAGAAACACCUCAAGGAUGAUCAAUGGAAACAGGAUGCACCUGAGCUCAAUUUCGAGUCUCAUAGCAAAGGGUUUGAAUACUUAGGUAUUUCUGUUUUACAUUUUUUAUAAAUGUACCAUUAUUUCUAACAACCUGUUUUCGCUUUGUCGUUAUGGGGUAUUGUGUGUAGAUUUGAUUUAGAUUUUCUUUAUUUACUCCAUUUUAGAAUAAGGAAAAAUGUGGAAAAAGUCAAGGGGUCUGAAUACUUUCCGAAGUUUUCCUUCAGACGGCCAGCUCUGUCAUUUGUACAUUUCUUUAUUAAAAAAUGUAGUUAUUUGUUACAAUUGACUUUGUAAAACCUAGCAGUACUCCUUAUUUCUCUUGAGAGUGAGGCAGAUAUAUAUAGCGUUUAGGGAAAAAAACUUGAUUAUUUGUCUCUGAAAUGAAACCAUCAAGUGAUAGAUUUUAAACAAACAGAUGUCUGUUAAUGAACAACCCCAUUCUAUGUAGAUAGUGAAAAAAACACACCAAUUUCUUUAAACAGUAAAUUACCAACAUUUCUGGAAAUGCCUAUGUACUGUAGCCUUUUUGGAAUUCUACUUUUCAGUUAUAAAUGAGAACUUACACGUAGUGUGCGUGUGUGUGUAUGUUUGCAUGUUUAGUGACACUGGGAGAGAGGCUGUUUCUGAUCUCUCACCACAGAAAUCUAAGACUCAUGCAUGUCAGAAUGUUUUCAGUUGUAAAUCUUCCCAAACCAAGUUGUCUAUUUUCUUGGUUUGAUCAGUCACUGAAAUUAUUUAUUUGUUUCAAUUAUUAUUAUUAUUAUUUAUUUAUUUUUACAAAUAUUUAGUGAAAACACUGCACUGUAUUGUAUCAUACAUUUUAAGUGUGUAUGUAUUGUGUUUAAUUUGUAAUAAGUCUUUGGA